GUUGUAAUGAGCCCAUCCAAAAACUGUGGGAACACAAGUACAUACGACGCUGUCAUGGCUGUCCAUUCCGCGCCUGCGCAUUUUGAAAAGAGGAAGACCUUCCGGUGGUUGUAUGGUGACCAGAACAAAACUCAUCCGUAUAAAAUAAAGCUGCUGUUCUUUAUUGGGACGGUGCUGAAUCCUGCACUACAAGCCAACCUCUCCCAGGAGUUUCACGAGUUCAGUGACCUCGUGCAGGGCAGCUUCAUCGAUUCCUACCACAACCUCACCUACAAGGCCAUCUUCCUCUUCCACUGGCUCGACGCCAACUGCCGCGGGCUCAAGCUCCUUCUCCGUGUCGACGACGACAUCUUCUUCAUCGCUCAACGCUUUUUCCCCUUCUGGACCAAAACACCAAAACACCGCUUCAUCGGCUGUGAGGUGAUGACCAACGACCUCGUCAGGAGAAACGGAAAAUGGGGAGUUCCGGUUUCACUUGUGGCGGAGAAACGCUACAACUUCAGCCGGUGUUUGGGGUACUUUACGGCCGUGACCCCUGACCUUGUUCACGAGAUGAGCGAGGCGGCAAGGUCAAUGCCGUUUUACUGGAUAGACGACGUGUUCAUGUACGGGUUUGUGCCCAAGAGGCUUCAGGUCAAGUUAGAGAACAUUAGGGCCGGGAUGAUGAGGAAGAAGACGGAGGACUUUGUUAAGUGUGUGGAAACAAAAGGAAAAAAUUGUCCCUUAUGGGUUUUAUUGGCAGACUAUCAAAAGUUACCUUAUUUAUAUGAGCUAAUAAACAAGUAA